CUGGUUGACAAACGCUGCAAAUGGAUGGAAAAAGAAGAGGCGGAACGAAGGCGUGACGGCAGCAAACGCGACCGGACAGAUUUGUUAACGCACUAACGGAUGAAUGUUUUCAACUGUUGACAGGAAAACCGAGCUGUGUGGACCUACUUUAUGUCCAUUGAUUGAGAAAUACGAGGAGGGCGCUGUCGUUGUGCAGAAAGUCCCCAACAAAGCCUGCACAUAGCCCUGAUAUCAACCCAUGAAAGUCCAUGUUGUCUUCUCUGUCCACGAUGAUGUCACAUGGUUUCAAGAGCAGUAAACAGGACUUUAACUUUGGACCAUGGAAAGUGACUGCUGCCAAAAACCACAUCAUGAAAUCCAAAGACAUUGAACGGUUAGCAGAGGAGAUGAACAUGCCCUCCCUUCCCGAGAUGCUUUUUGGGGAUAACAUCCUGCGCAUCCAACACACAGAUGGCUACGGCAUCGAAUUCAACGCCAUUGAUGCCCUUAAGAGAGUCAACAACAUGGAGGAUGCUGUGAAGGUGGCGUGUGCCCAGGAGUGGCAGGAGAGCAGAGCUGAUUGUGAACAUUCUAAAGAGGUGGCAAAACCUUAUGAUUGGACAUACACCACUGACUACAAAGGCACAAUGAUAGGCGACGGUAUGCAGAUAAAGGUGUCAGAGACAACAGAGCGCAUCGACAUGGAGAAGCUGAAGGCCCGGGAGCAGAUCAUGUUCUUUGAUGACGUGCUGCUGUUUGAGGAUGAGCUGCACGAUCACGGAGUUUCCAUGAUCAGUGUCAAAAUUAGAGUAAUGCCCACCAGUUUCUUCCUGUUGCUUCGCUUCUUCCUACGAGUGGACGGAGUUCUGAUUAGAAUAAAUGACACGCGACUGUAUCAUGAGGCUGGAAAGAAUUACAUGCUACGGGAGUUCAGCACAAGAGAAAGUAAAAUAUCCGAACUGAAGAGUGUUCCUGCUGCACUGUACACUGAUCCUAAUGAGAUCGCUCAGCAUUUGUCCCUGAAGCUGACCGUGUGUGAGAAGAUGGGUUUUCCGGAGACGCAGCAUCAGACGUCAUUUCAUGAAGUCCUGUAGUGACCAUAUUAAGGUGUUCCAGUAAUCUGCAAGUAACAUAAAACAAAAAAAGGGUCUGAAUUGAAGCUCUGCAAUUUGGCUUUUUACACUUCAUCAGCACGAACCAUAGUUAUUUACCCUCAGUUUAAUACUUUUGUCAAGCAUCAUGAUUUAUUAGUAUAUGAACAGUUUCAAGUUCAUAUAAGUCAAGGCUUGUUUCCAUACUCGUAAUAUUAAUGUAUUGCUAACAUGUUUUUGUUUUUUUAAAGUUACACUGUAAAUACAGCUACUGUAUUUUCUACAGUGAAUUCUCGAACAACUUCAGAACGUGUGAAUAUAACAACCCUGAUGCUUAAUAAACCUUUGUGUAAAUAUCGCUA